CACACCAACACAGUCUCACUCGCUACUCGUCAAAUGUCUGACGCAUGGUCAAGGGAUCUGGCGUCACUUUUUGACGCACUGGGUAUACCUUUGACGUCUUUUUUCAACGUGGGGGUAGUCCGAUAGACUUCUAUGGAACUAAACAGCUUUGAAAUUUGACGUCUUGUUUCAGCACACCACAACCCAUUGUCUGCCUCGUAUGGAUCUAGACUACAAUAAAUAAAAAUAAAAAGGAACAGGUUACAAAAAAUGGUCUAUGCCAAGGUGAGUCAAAUGGCGGCCCCCAAAUAGCGGGUUUUUGAUGUUUAAAAAGCCUCGCAAUCUGAUAUCAAAGCGCCCGCAAAGGUUUAGCGCGUUCAUCAGCGGUGAGUUUAACAACGCUCACCUGCAGGGAAAACGGCAUUCAGAGAUGAGUUUAACAACGCUCACCUGCAGGGAAAACGGCAUUCAGAGGUGAGUUUAACAACGCUCCAAGGCGCGUGCAAGUAAUCAUUGGUAGGACACCGCUUUAACUAUAGCAUGCUGGAUAACGUAUUUUUAUCAGAGGUUUGUUGAUUUUAAUAAAUGCAUAUAGAUGCUACGAUUGUGUUCAAUUAAUCUUUUUAUUAUUAUUAUUAUUAUUAUUAUUAUUAUUAUUAAAUCCUCUAAAUUAAUAACGCUGACGUCACCGUAUGGGCUAUCCCAAGGUCCAUUGCGAUUUUCCACUCGGUAAGUAAAGUAAUGUUAGAAGGCUUAAUUAAUAAAGAUCGAUACUAUUCUUACAUUUACACAUCAAAACUGUUGAAUCAGGACAAGAAGUUGUGUUUAGGAACUUUACAUUUUUUAAGGUGGCCAUAUCUUAUGACGAUAAAUAAUGGAAAACAUUCUAAAAAAAUGGCUUUCUGUACCAAAUGUGCAGGCUAGCAAAGUUAGCUAAUUGAAUUCAAGUUAAUUUUUUGUCGCAUAUAAUCAUGUAAGGUACAAUCAUAAGAGAAUGUAAGAUUUUCAUAAUGAGACAUAACGUGUUACAGCAGCUAUAAUGUAUUUCUGCGUUGGGAUUCUUCUUGUGGUUGUAUGUCGUUGCUCUUUCUUUGCCAAGUGUUUUGUGCCCAUUUAUAUACAGUAAAAUUAUCACAGGGAAAAGGAAAUAAACCAGUUAAAGAAAUAUUUUUCCUUAGUACAAAAGUAGAAUUAAUAACUUAUAAAACAUAUUAAAAAAAAUGGCACUGAUUAUCAGCCAAACUGGCAUUUUGAAUGGUUGGUAUCAAUAUCAGCCAUGAUUGUAAAGAUCAGUCCAUCCCUUUUGAGCUAUUGUAUUGUGAGUUUUCAGGCAACACCCAGCCCUACAGUAUUCUGGCCUAAUACUAUAAGCACCCACAGACCUCCCCGCCACAUCCCAAACCAUGGGCAAACUUGACCAACAUUUUCUCAAGUUCUUAAACCUUUCAGUUUUUCAGUAUAUUUGUAUUUGUAUGUAGCAUGAUCUUUAAAUCUGAAUGUAUUAUCUUUCCCUUCUCUCAACAGGUCCCCUUGUUCCUUCAUCAUUUAUUUUAAAACUUCUGUUUCAUUAAAAAGCAAAAACAAAGGCACUUUUAAGAGCCACGUUUGUCUAUUUAAUUGUUGUUAGUCCGUCUAGUUCUCCGUGGUUCUUGCUCAUUUGCUCUUCCCCCUAUCCCUUUAGUGUUGUUUUGUUUGUCCUUGUUCGUCAUGAGUGACCAUUCCAAUUUCGAACAGGUCCUUGAUGAGCUUGAUGAGCUUGUUGAACAUUCUGAAUUAAAUUAUGAACUCCAGAGCUUGGAUGAUUUCAUUAAUAAGAUGUCGGGAGAACAGGAGGCAGCACCAUCCACCAGCCAUCAACCUGUCAGGUGGUUGAAGAGAGACAGUGAUGGAAAUGUUGUCUAUGACAGACCAAGGUCAUCCCGAAACCAAAUGGCUAGUCACAGCUACAGUCGUAAGGCUGGUGCUCAUCCUAGAAUGUUGGACAGCUACUGUCCUCCUGACACUGUUGAGACUUUCCUUGAAGAGCUAAACCACUCACAGGGUGAUGACUUGGAUGAUCAGGAAACGGCACCAGCACCACCACGGGCCUCUUCAGACUGGUCUACUCGAAAAAGUCUCCUCUCAGAGAGGUGGGAGAAAGAAAGAGCCUGUCUGGUGAAUACCAUGGUAGCACAACAAAAUGUGACAACUCAGAUCUGCCAACAAUGUGGCAUCAGUCCAGCUGCUGUCCGUUGUCGUGACUGCAGACCACAACCAUUUUUCUGUGCUGAUUGUGAUGUCAGUAUACACCGAAACCACGUAUUCCACAACAGGGAUGCAACAAUAGCUGGAUUCUUUCAGCCAUUGCCUCCAACAACCUGUGUCGUGGAGAGGGCUCUUUCCCAGUGUGUGUGUAUUGUGCUGUUGGAGAUGCCCAAAAAAAUAUGUAGUUGUUCUCCAGGAUCGUUGAGUGUCAACACAGGAAAAGUUGUUGCUGUGGUUACAAUGAAUGGACGAUAUGAUCUCAGUAUGCCUGAGAUGAAAUGCGAGGCAUGCAAAACCACAUGGAGCCCUGGAGUGGAUGACUUAGUCCGUAAUGACUACUGGCCUGCUACCCUUCACUUUUCCACAGUGGACUCUACAGAUGUGUUUUAUUCAUAUGAAGAGUUGAAGAUGGCAGCACCAGGACUGUCAUGCCAAGCAUUUUUAAGAAUGCUUGAUCAACGAACUCUCCGCUUUGGCCGUAUUGGGAAGAUCAAAGCAGACAGCUUCAGAAAAAGUUUUUUGGAGUGGGAGGCUGUUAGAUUUGAGGUGGAUAAGAUCUGCAGGGAGGAGCAUUUUGUCUGCCCUGCAUGCACCCCAGACAUGCUUGCUGUUUCUGUGGAUGGAAAUCGCAAGCACUACCGCUUUAAGAAUGCAGCAAGAUCUGAAGAAAAAGCCUUAUUUGAUGGCAUCUUCAUUGCAAAAGAUGAUGAAGUAGAGAGAUUUGUGGAUUACAUUCAUUCUACCACCAACCAUGUCUCUGGAAGAGGUGUCUGUGGAGGGAAGUGGUCAGCUGCAAGGGAAACGUCUCAGAAAUCCUCAAGUAAAAUUGAUGAGGAGGGACUUGAGCUUGCAGUCUGUCGACAUGGAGUUUUUCUCACCGCUCUCAACAUGUUCAGGGGAGAAAUAUAUGCUUAUCCCCUCUACCUGCAGAACAAGCUGGCAAAUACGCCAAUAAGCUUUUUUGCCAUGGAUGUAACCUGCAAGUACUGGCCUUACCUCAACAAAGUCACAAAAAGCUGCCCGGAGCUCCAGCACCUUCUGAGCAUGAAACCAUUCCUCUCAGUGUUUCAUGCCAAAGCCCAUGAUUUUAAAUGCGAGGUUAAAUGGAGUGGAGCUUACCAGCAAGGGGCCGGAUUGACACUUGGCGAGGAGGUUGAGCAGUGUAACGCCUUCCUCUCUAGGAUUGCUGUGACCACGAAGCACAUGUCCAAAGCAGGACGUACUGACAAGCUUACAUUGAUGGCCAUGCGCUGGAAUCAGCAAAAGUUUAAUAACUUGGCUACUUCACUUGCCUGCCGAUAUCAGAAGGCCACAAAACGUCUGGAAAGCCAACUUCAGGACCUGGAAAGCAUGAGAAUCCAGCUGGCAGUGACACAGGUUGAAGUUGAGGGCUGGGUCACUGAUAUUAAGGAGUGGGCAGAAGCAACAACAUCCCAAAAGAAUGCCGAUCUUGACGCAGUGAUCAAUAGAAUAGAGGUGCUGGUGGCCAGCAUUAAAAGAAGGUCCCAGCGCCUUUACAAAGACACCGAUGGCAGCAAAGGUCGGGCCCGGAUCCGGCGCAAAAUCAGAGAGGAGAAGGCCAUUCUUAGCUCUGUUGUUGAAAAAUACAACAGUAUGGUUCCAGAUACAGAAAGAAUCGCCUUUGACAUCAUUCUCUCUGACGAGACAGUUUGGCCAUGGCAACUUUCACAUGGUGACGCUGUAGAUUUGAAAACCAAGAGGAAGGCGUUUGAUGUUGUGAUGGCUGUCAGGAGACUUGAGGAGGAGAAGAAGAUUGUUCUUUCUGAGAUGGCAAAGCAUUGGAAAUCUCUCUCCACUCGUGCAGACACACUCAAGGAGAUGUCAUGCCAGCUUUCCAGUGAGGCAUUGAAAAGUGAGCUGUGGGAUCUAAAUGAAGAAGGGAUCAAGGGUUUCCUCAGCUUAACUUUGAGAAAGAAGCAAGAAGUCACCAGAAUGAUGAAGCAUGCAAGAGACUGUUAUGCUAAAGUUUUGACUGGAACAAGUAUGGACUUCCAGAAUGAUUGGGAUGGAUACGACAGUGACUCUGAAUUGUCAGAUGAGUUUGAUGAGCUCUCAAGUGAGAAAUGAGCAUUAAGUCAUUUUUGUUGCAGUUUCCUUUUUAUUUUUUAUUUUGUUUAUUUUUUCUCCCACUCUAACAAUGCAGCCCUAUUUCUGAUACCGUAGGGGGUCAGAAAUGUUGCUGUGGGGGGCCACCACGGUCAAAUCAACAUGGAGGAAACACUGUUUGUGUGUCAGAUAUGCUUGAAUAAUAGUAUUCAUCAUAUCUACAUGUGACAUUACAACAAUAAUGAAUGUAAUUAAUUUAAGUAACUGUUUUUCCAAUAGUAAUCUUCUGUUUAUGGUAGAACAAAACUGUGCGGAAAAGUUUGCAGGAAGGUGUAAAUAUGUGCAUUGUAAUAAUAAUAAUAAACAUAAUUCCACUAAUGUC